UUGGCUCAUUUGUUGCAAUCCUUACUUGACAGCAAAGAGAAGGCAAAGGAGAAAAUCUUUUACUCUUACACUAACAGCAUAAAUGGUUUUGCCGCGGUCCUUGAAGAGGAAGAGGCAUCAGCACUUGCCAAACACCCAGACGUGGUAUCAGUUUUCUUGAACAAAGCAAGGAAACUGCACACAACACAUUCAUGGAGCUUUCUUGGAUUGGAGAAAGAUGGGGUGGUUCCUCCAUCCUCACUUUGGAAGAAAGCAAGAUACGGUGAAGAUGUGAUCAUUGGUAACCUUGACACUGGUGUUUGGCCGGAAUCGAAGAGCUUUAGUGAUGAGGGACUGGGUCCAGUUCCAUCAAAGUGGAGAGGAAUCUGUCAGAAUGCAACCAAAGAAGGUGUUCCUUGCAACAGGAAGCUGAUUGGAGCCAGGUACUUUAACAAGGGUUAUGGUUCAAUUGGUGGCCAUCUCAACUCCAGCUUUCAAACUGCACGCGAUAUUGAGGGCCAUGGAACUCAUACCCUAUCAACAGCAGCUGGUAAUUUUGUUCCAGGAGCUAAUGUCUUUGGUAAUGGCAAGGGAACUGCCAAGGGCGGAUCACCUCGUGCCCGUGUAGCAGCUUACAAGGUAUGCUGGCCAGCUGUAGGUGUGAAUGAGGGUGGGUGCUAUGAAGCAGACAUCUUGGCCGGCUUCGAUGUUGCCAUAAGCGAUGGCGUUGACGUGCUCUCAGUUUCCCUGGGUGGGGCUAUCGAUGAAUACUCGGAUGAUGCUAUUGCAAUCGGUUCUUUCCAUGCUUUCAAGAAGGGUAUUACUGUGGUUGCCUCUGCUGGCAAUUCAGGACCAGGACCAGGAUCGGUAUCAAAUGUGGCACCUUGGCUGAUAACAGUUGGUGCCAGCACACUUGAUCGUGCCUUCACAAUCUAUGUUGCACUUGGAAACAGGAAGCACCUCAAGGGAGUAAGUCUUUCACAAAAAAGCUUGCCUGCUAGAAAAUUCUAUCCAUUGAUCAGUGGUGCACGGGCAAAGGCUUCUAAUCAGUCUGAAGAAGAUGCCAACCUUUGCAAACCUGGAACACUUGAUUCCAAAAAGGUUAAAGGGAAGAUAUUGGUAUGCCUUCGAGGGGUAAAUCCAAGAGUAGAAAAGGGACAUGUAGCUCUUCUUGCUGGGGCUGUUGGGAUGAUUUUGGCUAAUGAUGAAGAAUCUGGCAAUGGCAUUCUUGCCGACGCUCAUGUACUUCCUGCUGCACACAUCAUCUCUACAGAUGGUCAAGCUGUCUUUUCCUACCUCAAUUCUACCAAGGACCCUUGGGCGUAUAUCACCAAUGUAAGGACAGAAUUGGGAACAAAGCCAGCUCCAUUUAUAGCUUCUUUCUCAUCCAGGGGGCCUAAUAUCCUUGAAGAAUCAAUCCUCAAGCCUGAUAUCACUGCUCCCGGUGUCAGUGUAAUUGCUGCUUUCACUCUAGCAACAGGACCAACUGAUACAGCUUACGAUAAGCGCAGGAUUCCCUUCAACACUGAAUCUGGCACUUCAAUGUCAUGCCCUCAUGUUUCUGGAAUUGUUGGCCUUCUAAAAUCACUCCAUCCAGAUUGGAGUCCUGCUGCUAUCAGAUCGGCUAUCAUGACAACUGCAACAACAAGAGAUAACAAUGGGGAUCCAAUAUUGGAUUCGUCCAACACCAGGGCAACUCCAUUUGCAUACGGUGCAGGACAUGUGCAGCCAAACCGUGCAGCAGAUCCUGGUCUAGUUUAUGAUCUCACUGUUAAUGAUUUCUUGAACUAUUUAUGCAGCCGAGGCUAUACUGCAAAAGACCUGAAAUUAUUCACAGAUAAGCCAUACACUUGUCCAAAGUCAUUCAGUUUGACAGACUUCAACUAUCCUUCAAUCUCAGCAAUUAAUCUUAAUGACACCAUAACAGUUACUCGAAGAGUUAAAAAUGUUGGUUCUCCUGGCAAAUACUAUAUCCAUGUCAGGGAACCAACCGGAGUGUUAGUUUCGGUUGCGCCUACCACCUUAGAGUUUAAGAAACUAGGUGAGGAGAAGACAUUUAAGGUUACAUUCAAACUUGCCCCAAAAUGGAAGCUUAAAGAUUAUACAUUUGGGAUAUUGACAUGGUCCGAUGGUAAGCACUUCGUCAGGAGUCCUCUGGUGGUGAGGCCUUACAGGAGUUAUUGAAACAGCAGGUCCAUUCAAGCUGAUUUCUGUUCAGAGCCCCUGUUAUCUGUGUAGAAACCUGAUAGAUCAAUUCUUUGGAAAAUGAUGCUUAUUUUUUCCCUGAAAGAAAAGAUGUCUCAAUGCAAUCACAUUUCUACUUCCUAAUAGCAAGAGUUUAUACUCAAACAAGAUCUUUCACUCUUGUUUU